ACCCUGGACCAUGCAUACUUCCAGCGGUGAUGAUGAGGCCUCCAAGGACCCUCGCAUAAUUGGUGAUCAGGAUUUUAGUCAACAAUAUACAGAAAAUGAUUUUGAAGGACAUCGGGCCCAUUCAGUCUAUGUAGGUGUACAUGUACCGGGUGGACGUCGCCAUUCGCAAAGAAGGCGCAAACAUCAUCAUGGCAAAAGUGAUAGCAGCGGGGAUGAGAGGCAGCCGGAAGUUGAAAGGCCGGUUACUCCACCCGCCCAACGGGUACAAUUCAUAUUGGGAGAGGAUGCCGACGAUGGCACCCACGUCUCCCAUCCCCUAUUCUCGGAAUACUUAACCCUCGUUAAGGAAGGUGACGAAAUCGAAUGGAAAGAAACAGCCAGAUGGAUAAAAUUCGAAGAGGAUGUUGAAGAGGGCGGCAACCGUUGGUCUAAGCCGCAUGUGGCCACAUUAUCGUUGCACUCCCUAUUCGAACUGAGAACCCUGCUGUUAAACGGCUCUGUGAUACUGGACAUGGAGGCGAACAGCUUGGAACUGAUAGCCGAUUUGGUUUGUGAGAAUAUGGUAAAUGCCCGCACAUUACCGGCCGACUCAAGGGAUAAAGUUAAGGAUGCUCUGCUGCGGCGUCAUCGUCAUCAGCACGAAUACAACAAGAAGACAAAAUUGCCGAUAAUACGUUCGCUGGCCGACAUUGGACGGAAUCAUUCAUCAUCGAAAAUGGAAGAGCAUCAUAGCGCUUCAUCGGCACCGGGUUUAAUGACAGCAACAUCACCCAGUUCCUUGACAACCACAAAUGGUUCGAAUGGAAACAAAAGCGAUGAUAAUACAAUGGGUGGACGAUUUUUAACCGUACCGAAACCGCAAAAGAGUCAUACUUUGACAAAUGAGGACAUGAUCAAGAGUCCCAGCAGUCAGUCAAUGCAGCGGAACAGCAGCGGCAAUGAUCUGAGUGAUCAUCGAGCCAACAUGAAUUUCAUGAGGAAAAUCCCUCCCGGUGCAGAGGCCAGUAAUAUUCUGGUGGGCGAGGUGGAUUUCCUGGAAAAGCCAUUGGCCGGCUUUAUUCGUUUGAAAGAUGCCGCCAUAAUGGGUGAUCUCACAGAGGUUCCGGUGCCCACAAGAUUCAUUUUCGUUCUGUUGGGCCCGCCCGGCAGUCAAAGUAAUUUCCAUGAAAUUGGUCGUGCCAUGGCCACCCUAAUGUCGGAUGAAAUCUUCCAUGAAGUUGCCUAUCGUGCGCGUAAGCGUGAUCAUUUAUUGGCCGGUAUUGAUGAAUUCUUGGAUGCCGUAACAGUACUACCACCCGGCGAGUGGGAUCCAGCAAUACGUAUUGAACCACCAGCAGCUGUGCCAUCUCAAGAGAUACGUAAACGCCCACCCGAAGCACCCAAAGAGGAAAUCGACGAGGAAGAGUUGGAGGCAAAGCUCCGUGAAGAAUCUGGUCUAUCGCGAUCGGGUCGCUUGUUUGGUGGCCUGGUGAACGAUGUCAAACGUAAAGCGCCAUUUUAUAUAUCCGAUUUUACAGAUGCUUUCUCCAUGCAGUGCAUAGCCUCAUGGAUAUUUUUGUACUUUGCUUGCCUAUCGCCCAUCAUUACCUUUGGCGGUCUGCUGUCACAGGCAACGGGUAAAAACAUGGCUGCCAUGGAAUCGUUGGUAUCUGGUUUUGUAUGCGGUAUUGGUUAUGGCUUCUUUUCGGGCCAACCCCUCACGAUUUUGGGUUCAACGGGCCCGGUGCUGGUAUUCGAAACAAUUGUCUAUGAGUUUUGCCUAAAGCAGGGUUGGGAUUAUAUGACAUUCCGAUUUUGGAUUGGCACCUGGAUAGCUGUGAUUUUGUUGAUCUUGACCGCUGUGGAUGCCAGUGCAUUGGUGUGCUACAUCACCCGGUUUACAGAGGAGAAUUUCGCCACCCUUAUAGCAUUUAUAUUUAUAAUGAAGGCUGUUGAAAAUGUUUUGAAAAUUGGCAAAACAUAUCCGGUGCACAAUGAGAUAUAUGAUUGUGUGUGUACACCGCCAGUGGGCAGUAAUGCCACCAUUUUGGAAUAUGCCAAAUUUAAUAAGGAUUAUUGUGCGGUCAACAAUGGCACCCUUGUCGGCAUGGAUUGUGAACAACCUGAUACCUCAAAUAUAUUCCUCAUGUCUGUGUUAUUGUUCUUGGGCACGUUUAUCAUUUCGACCAUUUUGAAAGAUUUCAAAACGGCUCGAUUCUUCCCCACCAUUGUUCGCCAGUACAUUAGCGAUUUCUCCGUUAUCAUUGCCAUCUUCAGUAUGUCCGCCUUUGAUUAUUUCAUGAAAAUCGAAACACCCAAAUUGGAGGUACCACACGAACUGAAACCCACCUUGCCCACACGUGAUUGGCUCAUCCCACCAUUCACAGAAAACAAUCCAGCCUGGUCAACGGUUGCAGCUGUCAUCCCAGCGUUGUUGGGUACAAUUCUCAUAUUUAUGGAUCAACAAAUUACCGCUGUCAUCAUCAAUCGUAAGGAGAAUAAAUUGCGCAAGGGUUGCGGCUAUCAUUUGGAUUUGUUUGUGCUAUCCAUUUUGAUACAAAUUUGCAGUAUUAUGGGAUUGCCAUGGUUCGUGGCUGCCACUGUGCUCAGUAUUAACCAUGUGAAUUCACUGAAAAAGGAAUCAGAAUGUUCGGCACCGGGUGAAAAACCACAAUUUUUGGGAGUGCGAGAGCAGCGUGUUACCCACAUUUUGAUUUUCCUUAGCAUUGGCCUCUCUGUUUACUUGACACCCAUAUUGUGUCACAUUCCUAUGCCGGUAUUGUUUGGGGUUUUCUUGUACAUGGGUGUGGCAUCGCUGAAGGGUUUGCAAUUCUUCGAUCGCCUGCUGAUCAUGUUAAUGCCUGCCAAAUAUCAACCGGAUUAUAUGUUCCUUAGACAGGUUCCCAUUAAACGUGUCCAUCUGUUCACAAUUAUCCAAUUGGCCUGUUUGGUGUGUCUGUGGCUCAUCAAAUCCUUCUCGGCCACAUCCAUACUCUUCCCCCUGAUGUUGGUCGUUAUGAUUGGUAUACGCAAGGCCUUGGAUUUGGUAUUUACCCGAAGGGAAUUGAAAAUUCUCGAUGAUAUUAUGCCGGAGAUGACGAAGCGUCAGGCUGCUGAUGAUCUCCAUCAAUUGGAUGCUGAGGAUCACCAUCAACACCAGCACCAACAGCAGCAUCAUCAUCACCACCACGACAGAUAUGAUAAAUACAAUUCGUCUAUAAAUCCGGGACCAACAACGAUACACAUACCCCUAAAGGUAGAUUCAAGUGAAACGUCAUCAACGUCGGCCCAUCAGCAGCAGCAGCAACAACAGGCAAAAUCUACGAAUGUACCCCAAGAGGUGCAAAGUAUUUGGCAGCAACUGCAUGAGGAUGGUAGUUCAACAGAACAAUUGAUAAUACCAAUCAACUUUAAAGUUCGACAGGUUAAUGGCAGUCAUAACACAAAACAUUUGAUACGUCAGUACGAAAAUGGGACGGAUAUUCAGAUAAUAGACGCCUCUACGUAUCGUCAACAGAAACAUCCGUUUGAAACGAUGGUAUGAUUAAGGCAAAGUAAAUUUAAAACAAUUAUCAUCUUUUUUAUAUAAAUGACAAAAACAAAAAAAUAGAAACGUUCCUUGAACGCCCACAAAAAGCCAUGCAUGUGUAACCAACCAACCAACCGACCAGGACCACCGUGCCAACAACGAUAUAUAAUCAUUAUUUAUCUUUCUUACAUGGGAUUCAGAUAAUUUCAUGAAAAUAUCAAUAUGCUGGGGAAGAGAAACCGAAAAAAAAUAUUUAUCUCCCACCUCUUAUCCACAAACUUAGGGCCUGCCACUGCAUGUCUUAAGAAACGCAGUUCGAAAAAAAGAAAUUUCAUUGAGUGUUUUUCACAUUUGUGUUUAAAAA